AUGCGCCCUCCGCCCGUGCACCUCGGGGCGGGAGACCCCGCAGGACACGCCGAGGCCGGGCCGGGCCUCACCGGGGAGGCGGCGCCGCAGGCUGGGCGCCGGGGCUCGGCGCUCCCUUCUUUGGUGCGGCCGUCGCUGCCGCUACCGCCCUUGCCGCUCCCGGUGCCGGUGCCGCGGCCUCCGCAGCCGCCGCCGCCUCCACCGCUCGGGGGACAUUGUCCCUUUAAAUCGCUCCCCCCGCCGCCCCGCCCCCCCGGCGCGCCGCCGUGA